GGUUACAGAUCCCGUUGUGUCCAGCGAUGAGGUCAUCUUUCCCCUCUCUGUAUCAUUAGAUCGUCUGUCACCAACAACAGUUAAAGCAAAGAUUGUAGUGACGGUCUGGAAGCGGGACACAGAACAACCGCGGGUGAAAGCUCUCGGGUAUCGCUCCCUGCUGCUCAAUUCUAACCCAGGUCAAAUUUUCCGAGAAGAACAGGCCACAUUCAAGGCUCAAGUGAGUACCCUCCUCACCGUGCUCCCACCUCCCACCCUCAGGUGCCGUCAGUUCAGCGUGUCCGGGAAACAUCUUACAGCUCUGAAAGGAUGCAACACCUCCUCUCAGGACGACCUCUGUAUUCGGGAUGUACGGAUACUCCCCAACUUCAACGCCAGUUACCUUCCUGUCAUGCCGGACGGCUCCGUACUGCUGGUGGACAAUGUCUGUCACCAGUCCGGAGAUGUCAGUGUGGCCUCGUUCCUGCGACUGCACAGCUGCUCUUCCCAGUUACCCAGUAUGCUCUGCUCCCUGGAGGAGCACAACUUCCUGUUCCAGCUGCAGGCAGGAGAGCGCCCCCCUGAGGAUGCCAAAGAGGGUUUGGAAGUUCCUUUAGUCGCUAUAGUUCACUGGUCAACAACAAAACUGCCAUAUACAUGUGGGAUUUACACCCAUUACAAGCUCCCGAGUAUUCGGCUGGAGAGGCCGCGGUUUGUCAUGACCGCCCGCUGUGACUCUCCAGUUCAGGCCCAUUCUACGUUCCGUGUCACCUACACCCUGCUGAACGAUCUGCAGGACUUUCUAGCUGUCCGACUGGUGUGGUCACCGGAUAGCAACACAGGAGCGGGUGGUCGGUGCUUGUCAGAAGAGGAGCGACGGCUGACACAAGCCUCCCAGGAGGCCAUGGUGUGUUGCACUCCUAUCAAUAGUCUGGGGUUCUGUCGGAAAGGCAGCUCAGUGACCAUCGGUGUUACCUUCAUGGCUUUAAAAGCCGGACUGUUUGAGCUGAGCCAACAUAUGAAGCUGAAGCUGCAGUUCACGGCCAGUGUGUCCCAGGCUCCUCCAGACGCUCGCCCCGUUUCAAGAAGAAGCAGUCCCAGCAGCCCGGCCCUUCGGGACCUGGAGAGACAGCAGCAGGGGGGCGCUCUUGGGAGAUCCCAGUCUUUCUCUCACCAGCAGCCUCCUCGUGGUCAGCUGAUCCGGACCGGCAGCGUCAUGGAGCGUCGCGCAAUCACUCCACCCGUAGGAUCCCCCUUGGGUCGCCCGCUCUACCUGCCGCCCGAGCGGGCCACACUAUCGCUGGAUAAAAUCGCCAAGCGCCAGUGCAAAGUUCUGGUGGUCAAUCCAGUGCAGUGACUCCCCCCA